GGAGGGGUCCAGGGGAGGGGCGAGUGCCGCGCGCAAUGGCGUUCAUCGCCGCCGGGGUCCGUUUCCUUGCUGCACUUUUCGAGUGAAGCGGCUCGCGGGCGCCUUCCACGGCCGUUUCCUGCUGUUUUUUCAAGGGAAGCGGCUUAAGGGGCCCAACGACGGCCCAAUCCGUAGCCAUUUCGGCUCAAGCUCAAGCCACCGCGGUGCAAGCGCUGGGAGGCCCCGUGGCCGCCCCCCCGUGACAGCAGCCGAGCCUCUGUAUUUGCAGCGCGUGGCGUCCGAUGCCGGGCACGGGGCAGACGCUGGCCCGCUCGACCGCCUGGGCGGCAAUGCUGGCCAUGGCCUGGCCUUCCUGCUCUUCGGCCUGGCCUUCCUGCUCUUCCUGCUCUUUGGCAACUCUGGGCCUCUCCGCGCCCGGCAAGGUGCUGAGCAGCACACGACGUAUUCCGGAAGCACGACCUGGGAGCGCCGCCUCGGGCCCCAUUGCGGGCCGUGCCAGGAACGGCACCGUCCAGGACCCGCAGGAGUGUUCUCACAACCGCGAGGCUGCUCUUCUGGAGUACAGGAUGCACGGCGGGAGGCUGCAUUUUUCCAUAUCACUCACCAUGCUGGAAGGAACAUUCAGAGCAUCCUCAAACUGAAUGGCCUCUGCGAGAUCGACGCAGAUCCCUUCCUCAUGGCCCCAGAUAAUUCGACCCAUCGGUGGUUCAGCGCGUGGAAGGAGGAAAGCGAGAUACCGCCAGAAGACUUGAGCAGCUUCCUGCCGUGCGAUGCGGACGGAUUUGUCAGCCUGGUUUCCUUGCGGGAUUCGAUUGAGCGAACUUUUGCUGGUGAUGGGAUGUGGAGGACAUUCGCCAAUGGUACUAACAUGGACAUGUGCAGUUCAGAUAAAUAUGGUUUGCGUAAGCUUAUAGGUACGCCGUUACCCGCAAAUUUGUCAUGGGAGGACGUAGAGUUUGCGAAGCGACGCUUGGCGUCAUUCGAUUUGAUUAUUGAUCAGGGCAAUUAUGCGACUUCUAUGAAAUUGCUCUGCGCUGAGCUUGGUUUUUCAUAUUGCGGGGUCGCCCAGAAAGUCCACCGACACCCGAGUGAGUAUCUACCCGAAGACAUAUACAAUCAACUCAGGUAUCGCUAUCGAUUUGAAUUGGCGAUGUAUGAAUACGGGCGGAAGCUUUCCAUGGACAUGAUCCGUCUGAGCCAGCUUGCUGGGCGUUGGCCUGCAAAUGCAACUCUCAAGUCCCUACAACGGGCUGCGGGCCAGUUUGACGGGCAAAAUGCUUUGGCUUCUUGCCCGAAUAAGGGGAAGCACCACCCGCGCCGCGCUUGGACAUGCCCGAGGAAGUGGCGGGCUCACGACUGACACCGAUACAGUCCGCUCGACUUUUGAGAGAGCGCCGACGUGGGCGCGGAAGCAUCGGCCGACGCCGCUCGCGUAGAGCCAUCGCCUUCAUUUCACUGUUGGCGUUCGAAUGUUCAGAAAGGGAAUUGGUCGACGCCUCAGUAUGUGUGCCGUUCACGCCAAGGCACGUCAGGCUGCAAUGCUGGCUUGCAGGUGAAGUCCGUCUGCGGUCAGCCCAGUGAAUUUGAUGCAUUCCUUUACUUUCAAGAGCUGGUCGCUCCACCUCGCGCGCACAUCCUUACACAAUCGACCACUGCCCGCGAGGCGGUUGUGUAUCCUGCGCGAGACCCCGCUAGUGCAGCUUCUUUCUGUUCACCGCGGAGGCGAUCGUUUAAUUCAUUACAGGCCUCAAGAACGAUUUCUGGCAGCGUCCGACGGGUCAGGAACGCUUUCAGACAGCCAAAGAGGCCGGGGCAAUGCGGAAAGAUGGCUGCCGCGGGGCACGCGUGCACGGGUGCGCUGAACUCCUUGUGGGGCACCAUCCGCGUGAAGGGUCGCGCGAACACGCC